AUGUCAUGUCUUCUUGGCCACCCACAGACUACCAAAAGUUCAACGUGCGAGUCGUUCUUUGAUCAUUACCGGAUCUUCGCUGGUCGGACGGCGUUGCUGCACUUCCGGGCAGCGAUAGUUGCCAAGAUCGGUGCAGCUUCGCUGCUACGGUCUACGUCGUCUUACGGUGAGGUGAAGCGUCGAGAGACCUAUCGACGAGAAGGGAGAAUCUGCGCUCCGCGUUCCACCACUACGGUUACCCAACACCCACCGAACGAAGUGAACAGACCAGAAACGUCCGCGCAGAACACGCGUCGAAACACCGUUCGAAUCUCGUUAUUGGUCGAGCUCAACUCAGGAAUACUGUGCGUGUGA